AUGGAGCCGUCAUCAGACCCGUCUAUGCCAUUCCACCAUCAUCGUCACGGUCAGCGUCAUCAGCCGUUGGGAUCUUCACAGCCGUCGUCGGGCAGUACGUCCCAACUAUCCAGAUCCCAUUCCCAAGGUCCCGCAUCCCCGUCCGCAUCGACUGCUGCCUCCUCCAACCCCUUCGUGCGCUCUCAUGACGACGAGCCGCCAACGCCUUUGUCCGGUCACCCAUCUGGUUCCAUCUCUGUGGCCAUCAAAUGUCCAUCCCUGGACAAGGAUUCGGCUGUUGUCACCGUCAGCAAAAACGAUACCGUCCUCGCCCUCAAACAAGCCAUCCAAACCACGUGGGCGGGUGCUCCACGCGCAGAUGGAAUGCGCUGCAUCCGAUCUGGUCGGAUCCUGAGCGACAAUGAAGUCUUCAGCCAGCUCGCCGAGACACUCGAGCCAGGCGAGCCGUUGUCACUCCAUCUUGUCAUCCGUCCCGAUGCGUGGUCGGACCCACAGAACCGUCCCACUCCUUCUCGCCGCAACUCCUAUCUGCGGCAAAACCAACACCAGCUCCAACAUCAACGCCAGAACGAUCUUCCGCGCUCCGCACUGGCAACACAGCUUAAUCUUCAAGAUGACGUGCCGCCUCCACCAAGUGUCACGUCGACAGAGCAUCCUCCCCAUUGGACGCCCACUUUCGAGCCGUACUUUUCUGAAGUUGAUCCCACACCGGCAGAGUCCACGUCCCACUUGCCAUCCUUGCACGACGUGCACGACGUGUCCGCGUCGAGCAGCGAAACCACUCGCAACAUGAUCAGCUCGACUGCCGGCCAGGCUGAAGCCGACGUCUACACAGUGCUCGAUGAGAUACUGCGUGUCACGGCUCCCGACAAUUGGCCGCUCUUGAACGAAGCGCUCAGCGAAGCGUACGACGAGUACGUGACGAUGUACGAAGUCAUCUACGAACAGGCACGCGCUGCUCAGAAGGGCAGCACGUCAACAUCUUCGUCGUUGCCUUUGCCACCUUCGCAAAGCGAUCUGCUGACCAGCAUCGAGACAACCUUGCUCGGCUGGGAGCCCGUUCAAAUGCCCAACGACGAGCAUGCUAGCACUGCCCCUCAAAGCUCCGACACAGGAUAUCAGUACCUCUAUCAGCAAGUAACACAUCGCGGGCUUCCGUACCUGCUGCGCAUCUCUACAACACCCUUGGCCGUGCAACGCAGCGAGGCGCUCUCCACGCUCUUGCAACGCAUCACGACGCUUGGUACCGUCAUAUCCAAGCUCGACAACAUCAUCAUGCUUAGCCGUCUCAUCAAGGCGCAGCCUCCCACCUCUAACUCUGCUGCAGCGCUCGGAGCGAGCGCGCCAACACAGCUGAAUGGCGCCUCAGCAACCGGACGGACGAUGGCUCUCGAACGAGGCGGACCUGUGGCAUACGUGGCUCGCAUCUCCCAGAACCUGGUGGCAGAUCUCCGAGGCGUCACAUUGGCCGAUGUGAUUGCCGUCAUCGUGCCCAUGGCGUUUAUCGGCUUCAAAGUGGGGAUUCUGCUCUCGGUCAUGCUUCGCGGCGCCGAUUCGUUCAGGUGGUACUUUGUGCUGGGGAUGGCUUCGGUGUAUGUCGUGUUCGAGAGCUAUCGUAUUGUUCAGCGUCGGAUGCGCGUGCGACAGCGGAGGACGCCUCGGGCUGCCGCAGCGCCGCCACAGGCUGCCGCUGCUGCUGGUGACGCCGACGCUGGUGCUGCUGGUGCUGCUGGUGCCGCUGCUGCCGCGGCGACACCCACAGGAGCCAACGUCCCCACCGCGCCGUCGAACGAAGAAGCAGCCGAACGCCAAGCAACCGACACCCCCUUGCAACCGCUCCCCCCUCCCCAAGCUCCACGACGAAUGCGCUCUCGCACGCGCUUCACCUACGAUUGGUGCAUCGACCACGUAGCCUUCAUCGGACUCGACGUCGAAGAUCAAGAGUUGGGUCUUCUCCCACCCAACGGUACGACUGGACGACACAUUGGUUGGGUGGAACGCGUUCUUGUAUCAGAGUGGUUGCUACCGAUCCUUGUGUUUGUGAUCACCAUGAUGCCUGCUGUAGAGCAGCGUAGAAAACGAGCCAUCGAGGAACGCGAGAGGGUGAUCAGAAAGUGGACGAGACUUGAGCAGGAACGACGCGAGAGGAUGAUCGAGUUGCAGCGCAAGGAGGCGGAAGAGCAGGGAAGGUCGGAUACCGCCGUUCGGGAUGAAGAGGUGAGUGCUGGACAGAUGGAAGGGCAGAGCAAGAGGGUCGAGUACGCAGAUCGCAUGGUGAGGCAGAGACGGACGGGCGAAGAGGUGUGGCUGGAUGAAGAGGAGGAGGAAGGGAUGAGAUUGGCAAGGGAGUUGCAGGAAGAGGGGGAUGGCAUGGAGGAUAUGAACAUUUUCUAA